CUCCGUGUGUGAGCGUGAGCGGCUAGCUUUGGUAUGCGGAGCUGCCGUGUCUUCUCCUUCCUCUAUUUUAUCGCCCUCCGCCUCCCCAUUCUUCACCUCCCGAGAAAUCCCCUCGCCUAGCUCAGCGAGCACGGCUCGGUUUCUCACCUUCCCCCCGCGCUCGAUCGGGAAAAUAAACUCAUCUCGAGACCCAGGAGUUACCGUCGUCGAUUCAUCCCGUUCUGACCGCGGCCCCGGCGUCAUGGACACCUCGCAGCACUAUCCAUGGCUCAACUUCUCCCUCGCUCACCACUGUGAUCUCGAGGAGGAGGAGAGGGGCGCCGCGGCCGAGCUCGCCGCCAUCGCGGGCGCAGCCCCGCCGCCGAAGCUGGAGGACUUCCUCGGCGGAGGCAUCAACGGAGGAGGCGCCGGCGCCGGCGGCCCGGUGUCGGUAGCCGAGACGGCCGCGGCGGAGAUGUACGACUCGGACCUCAAGUUCAUAGCCGCCGCCGGCUUCCUGCAGAGCGGCGCGGUUGGGGCGGCGGCGCCGUCGCCGGUGUCUUCCCUCGAACAGGCUGACCCGAAGCUGGCCUUGCCGGCCGCGGCGGCUCCGGUGCCGGAGCAGAGGAAGGCCGUGGACUCCUUCGGCCAGCGGACGUCCAUCUACCGCGGCGUCACACGGCACCGGUGGACGGGCAGGUACGAGGCACAUCUGUGGGACAACAGCUGCCGGCGUGAAGGGCAGAGCCGCAAGGGCCGCCAAGUGUAUUUGGGUGGUUAUGAUAAGGAGGAGAAGGCGGCGAGGGCAUAUGAUCUUGCGGCACUGAAAUACUGGGGUCCUAGCACCACCACCAACUUUCCGGUUGCUGAAUAUGAGAAGGAGCUUGAGGAGAUGAAGAACAUGACUCGGCAAGAGUUUGUAGCUUCAUUAAGGAGGAAGAGCAGUGGAUUCUCUAGGGGUGCUUCUAUUUACAGGGGUGUCACCAGACAUCACCAGCAUGGGCGAUGGCAAGCAAGGAUAGGAAGGGUGGCCGGGAACAAGGACCUCUACCUUGGAACAUUCAGUACCGAGGAGGAAGCUGCAGAGGCCUAUGACAUUGCAGCCAUCAAGUUCCGCGGCCUGAAUGCCGUUACCAACUUUGAGAUCAGUCGGUACAACGUGGAGAGCAUAAUCAGCAGCAAUCUUCCGAUCGGAAGCAUGUCAGCCAGCAGUGGCCGGAGUGCCAAGGCCCUGGAGUCCACUCCAUCCAACUCCUCGGAUGCCAUGCCCGUGGAAGCCAGCACCGCGCCGCUGUUUGCUGCGCUUCCGGUGAAGUAUGACCAGCAGGACUACCUGUCGAUGCUCGCCUUGCAGCACCACCAGCAAGGAAACCUGCAGGGGCUAGGGUUCGGCCUCUACAGCUCCGGAGUGAAUCUGGAUUUUGCAAACUCUCAUGGCACUACUUCAUCGAUGGCCAACUGCUACACAAAUGGCACCGCCUCACACGAGCAGCACCAGCACCAUCAGCAGCUGCAAGAUCAGCAGCAGAAUCAGACGCACCAAAACUCCAGCAGCUGCUCCUCCCUACCAUUCGCCACGCCGAUUGCUUUCAGUGGGUCCUAUGAAAGCUCCAUGACGCCAGGUCCCUUUGGAUACUCCUACCCAAAUGUGGCAGCCUUUCAGACGCCGAUCUAUGGAAUGGAAUGAUUCGCGGUGGUGGCUGCUGGCAUUUGGCAUAUGCAAAAUUAAAGGGCAGAAGCCAUGAGAUGAAGACUGACAUGGCGCUCACACAAAAAACAUAAAGGGAGUGAAAGAGAGGUACCAGUAGUUUGAUGGAGACAUAGGAAGCAGCAUGCAGUGUGCAGGAGAGACACUGACGAUUGAGUCAGAGACGAGGGAGAAGACCCGAUCUGCUAACAACAAAAUGAUGGAUAUGCAGCUAGCUAUAGCAUAUUUGCUUUCCCUUUUGUAGCUUUGGUUUUUUUCCAGCUUUUAUCUGUCUGUCGUCGUUGCUGAGCUUUGUGGCCCUCAGCAGCCUGCCUUUGAAGCUUUCGCUUUCUACUGACAUGAUUCUGCAAGCGCCAUCAUAGCUUUAGCCAGCCCUGUACAAUGGAAGCAGGAACGUCAUCUUUGAUUUGUAGCUUUCCUUUUCUUUUCCGCUUUCCUUUCUGAUCCCUUUAGUUUGGCCCCCUGUUCUGCUAGUAUGAUUCAGAGGGGAUAAAUGUUCAAGCUCUCGUCUUGUGUACUGAUUACUGACCAAAGUCAGCAAGCAGCAUGUAACUCUGAAUUGUCAGUUAAGUUUUCGUGAUCGGUGAAUC